GGUCAAUCUGACAUUUUCCAAGGAUACAAUCUCCAAAAGGUUCCCGCCAAACCUUGCCCCCCUUAUUUGCAGGCCUUCUUCUACACUCUUCGUCUUCGCUCGGAGUCAAGAAAAGAAAACUGUCCAUUUGCCAUUUGCCUUUCGUUUUCUUCUUUCAGCAAAGAGAGCGUCUCGAUGUCUAAGAAACGAGGUCUUUCAUUGGAAGAAAAGCGUGAGAAGCUUCUUCAGAUAUUUUAUGAGUCACAGAACUUCUUCCUUCUCAAGGAGCUUGAGAAGCUGGGACCCAAAAGAGGUGUAAUUACCCAGUCUGUGAAGGAUGUCCUCCAAAGUCUAGUGGAUGAUGACCUUGUUUCAAAAGACAAAAUAGGAACUUCAGUAUACUUUUGGAGCCUUCCUAGCUGUGCUGGCAACCAGUUGAGAAAUGUGUACCGGAAACUUGAAUCUGAUCUACAAAGCAGUAAGAAGCGAUUGAUGGAACUUGUUAAUCAGAAUGAUGCACUAAAGAAGGGACGAGAAGAAUCAGAUGAACGAGAGGAGGCCCUAGCUGAGCUAAGAGCUAUUGAACUGAAACAUAAUGAAUUGAAGGAAGAGAUGGGGCAGUAUACGGAGAAUGAUCCUGCUGCCUUUGAUGCAAUGAAGAAAGCAAUUGAAGUUGCUCAUGCUGCAGCUAAUAGAUGGACAGAUAACAUCUUCACACUGCGACAGUGGUGUUCAAACAACUUUCCUCAGGCUAAAGAACAGCUUGAACACUUGUACAAUGAGAUAGGAAUAACUGAGGAUUUUGAUUAUUUAGAGUCAUCACUGGUUCCAAUCAGUUCAGUGGGUGAUCAGAAGCUGGAAGGCAAUCCUAACUGAUGCAGCGUGUAUAAAGAAUCUCUGUAUAAGGUUUCUGUGCUGAGUCUAUUAAUUUCUCAUUUACUUGUGCGUCGUAUUUCUCACUGGACUAGUACUGUAUUGAUGUCACAUGCCAACAUGAGCUUUUUUUUCCCUUUGUUUGUGGGAGAGCUCGUAGCAAUUGUCUGGAAAAAUUUCAAGUGAUGUCGUUGGGUAAAUUAACGACAA